AUGGAAGUUGGCAAUAGCGGCCAAAUGAGUGCGCCUGGCUUCACGGUCAGCGCACAGCCAACGUCGCAAACAUUUAUCACACUUGUAACGACUACUAGCUCAAGUACGACGCAAAUCAUGAUUUCGACUGCAUUUCAGACCGUCACGGUGUCUGCCACAGCCUCGCCAGACUCCCACGAUAGCAACACAGAUCGGGCGUGGAUAGCUGGUGCUGUACUCGGACCGGUUGUUCUCCUCCUGAUUCUCCUCACGGGGGCAUUCUUUAUCUGGCGACGACGCCGAAGGGUUGCUUCCAGAGCAUCUGCCCUCACCACAGAAUCGAUUCCAGCCGAAGACAAAUCACAGAAGCCACCUUCACAAUCAAGUCACCCAGCUGAGCUACACGAAGAUACCAUACCACCGCAGCCCCAAGAAUUGUAUGGCUCGCUGCCAGAAGCUCCAUCUAUCAUCGAAAAGCCAACACACACGCUUCCGGCCCAAGAACUGCCCGUGAACGAACCUGCGCCCGCAUUGCAGGGAAACGACACAUCGAAGGAAACAUCUCGCAUAACUUCGCAAUCUACGGAAGAAAUCCGCGAUCGAUGA